AGCUGCUAAAUCCCAGCAGCCGUAGCCGCCACAACUUUUGCGUGACGCGAUUGUGCACGCUCGUGCGUUGCACGUGCAUUUUGCGAAGUAAACAGUGCGCACAGUUUAGGUUUUAGUUUCGUCACAGCGACAGCCACCAUGCCGGAGAAACUGUCGGGCUACGAGUUCUGGACGCAAGUUUUGAAGAGUCCCAAGUUUGUCGUCGCACCGAUGGUCGACCAGAGCGAGCUAGCCUGGCGGCUGUUGAGCCGCAGACACGGCGCUCAACUGUGCUACACACCGAUGCUUCACGCGGCCGUGUUUCUCAAGGACCCCAAGUAUCGCAAGGAGACUUUGGCCACCUGUGACGAGGACACUCCGCUCAUUGUUCAGUUCUGUGCCAAUGACCCCGACGUGUUGUUCGAGGCAUCCCGCAUGGUGGUUGGCCAGUGCUGUGCAGUUGAUCUCAACUUGGGCUGCCCCCAAGCCAUCGCCCGUGCUGGGCAUUACGGGGCUUUUCUUCAGGACGAGUGGGACCUCCUCUCCAGAAUGGUGAACAAGUUACACACGGAGCUUGAGAUUCCGAUCACCUGCAAAGUGCGAGUGUUUCCAGAAGUCGAGAAGACUGUCGAGUACGCCAAGAUGCUUGAGGCUGCUGGGUGUCAGGUGCUGACUGUCCAUGGCCGGACGAGAGACCAGAAAGGGCCGUUCACUGGUCUUGCAAACUGGGAACACAUCAAGGCAGUGAAGCAGAAUGUCAAGAUCCCUGUGAUCGCCAAUGGAAACAUCCAGUAUCUGCAAGAUGCUCUUCGAUGCCUUGAGGAGACCGGAGUUGAUGCAGUAAUGUCAGCCGAGGGCAACCUGCAUAAUCCGUACUUGUUUACCGGAAAUCAACGUCCCGUCUGGGAGGCAGCGCUGGAAUACCUGGAGCUGGUCCGACAAUAUCCGUGUCCUACCUCGUACAUCCGGGGGCACUGCUUCAAGCUUCUCCACCACUGCAUGACAAUGCCCGAGAAUGUGGACUUGAGGGAAAAGCUUGCCAAGGCGAACACUGUCGAGACGUUCGAAGAGGUUGCCACUGCGCUAAGGGAUCGGUUUCAGGACAAAACCUGGGACCCAGAUUACAACUCUCCGCAGGCUGACCUUCCUUUCCCGCCCUGGAUCUGCCAGCCGUAUGUGAGACCCAGCCCUGAGGUGGUCCAGGAGACGAAGCGAGACCUGAAUGCGGAAUACCAGAAGCUCCUGGAGCUGACAGCAGCCAUCAAGCGCCCCGUCGACCUGGAUCUGCUCAGCCUGUCCAGAAAGCAGCUCAAGCGCUUGCGCAAGAACCCCCGCAAGGCCUUCGCCAACCGUGAGCAGUUUGUGCCCUGUGCCAAGUGCCCCAAUCCCAGGUGUACAAAGUGUGUCUACAAUCUCUGCAAACCGUGCUGUCGUAGCCGGGUAAAAGAGAACUUCGAAAAUUGCGAAGGGCACAGUUUCUUCUUCAAGCCGAGGACAGAAGAAGAAGAGUUGAAGAUGAGAAAAGCUAGGGACGCAAGAAACAUCUUGAACACACCCACAAACAGUGUGACGGGAAGUUCCGUAAUCGAAACAGACUUCUCGGAAAUACCAACUUGACUUUAAUUCGCAGGAAAUGUUUCCGCCUGAUUCAACUGUACAGAUGUGGAGUAAUAUAUGUAUAUACCACUGGCAAAUAA